ACUGAUUCAAAACCUUUUCAUACUCUCUUCAACAAACAAAAUCUAAACCCACUUCUCUCUCCCUCUCUCUCUACUACCUUCAAAUUUCUCCCUGGGUUUUGAUCUCCAAAACCUUCAUUUUCGAUUCUAGUGUUCCAUUUCCGCAGUUUCCCCCCCCCGAAAAAGAAAAUGUACAUAAAGGAAAUCUGCUUAGAGGGUUUCAAAUCCUACGCGACAAGAACAGUGGUGCCGGGUUUCGACCCCUAUUUCAACGCUAUUACUGGUCUGAAUGGGUCGGGCAAGUCGAACAUCCUCGAUUCGAUUUGCUUUGUUUUGGGUAUUACCAAUUUGCAGCAGGUUAGAGCUUCUAAUUUGCAGGAGCUGGUGUAUAAGCAAGGCCAAGCUGGAAUUACGAAAGCGACUGUGUCUAUUGUUUUUGAUAACUCGGAUCGCAAUCGAAGCCCUCUUGGGUAUGAGGAUUCUCCUGAGAUUACAGUAACUCGUCAGAUUGUAGUUGGCGGAAGGAACAAGUAUUUAAUCAAUGGACACCUCGCUCAGCCUAGUCGUGUUCAAAAUCUUUUCCACUCAGUGCAGCUGAACGUGAAUAAUCCACAUUUUCUUAUAAUGCAAGGGCGCAUUACCAAAGUAUUAAAUAUGAAACCACCUGAAAUCUUGUCUAUGCUUGAAGAAGCGGCUGGGACAAGAAUGUAUGAAAAUAAAAAAGAGGCUGCUCUCAAAACACUAGAAAAGAAACAGAGCAAGGUAGAUGAGAUUGACAAACUCCUUGACCAGGAAAUACUCCCAGCUCUGGAGAAGUUGAGAAAAGAGAGGUUGCAGUACAUGCAAUGGGCUAAUGGAAAUGCAGAGUUGGAUAGACUAAAGAGGUUUUGUAUUGCUUAUGAAUAUGUGCAAGCGGAAAAGAUUAGAGAUAAUGCAGUUCAAUGUGUUCAAGAAAUAAGAGAUAAGAUUUUGGAGAUUGAUGCUACUGUUGGGAAAAUGCAUGAGGAAUCACAGGGAAUGGAAAAACGGGUAUCGGAACUGAGUUCUGAAAAAGAAGCAAGCAUGGGUGGGGAGAUAAAGUUGUUAUCAGAUAAACUCGAUGCUCUUUCACGGGAUCUGGUGAAGGAAACUUCGGUGCUAAAAAAUGAAGAAGACAAUCUCAGAACUGAGAAAGAGAAUGCGGCCAAGAUAGAGAGGAGUCUUGAAGAAUCAAAGCUAGCUGCAGAAGAGAUGGCAGCUGCUGUAAAAAAUGCUGAAGAUGGUGCUGCAGAUCUCAAGAAAAGUUUUCAGGAUCUUUCAAAGAGUCUGGACGAGCAUGAGAAGGAGUACCAAGGUGUUGUAGCAGGUAAGAGCAGUGGAAAUGAAGAGAAGUGCCUUGAAGAUCAACUUGCAGAUGCCAAGAUAGCUGUUGGAAGGGCAGAGACGGAGUUGAAGCAGUUGCAAACAAAAGUAAGCCAUUGUGAGAAAGAACUGGAGGAGAAGAAAAGUCAACUAUUAUCAACACGUGAAAAAGCUUCUCUUAUAGAGAAUGAGCUUGAUGUCAAGAGGAAAGAUGUUGAGGAAGUUAAAAGUGCUUUGGAAUCUCUUUUCUAUGAAGAGAACAUUAUGGAAGCACUGCAGAAGAAUCGCACAGCUGAGUUAGAGAUGGUGCAGAAAUUUAAAGAGGAUGUGCGAAUAAUUUCUUCACAAUUGGCUAAUGUUGAGUUCAAUUACAAUGAUCCAGAAAAGAAUUUUGAUAAGUCAAGGGUGAAAGGUGUGGUUGCGAAACUAAUUAAAGUGAAGGACAGCUCUGCAGUGGUUGCCUUAGAGGUUGCUGCUGGUGGGAAGUUGUUUAAUGUUGUUGUAGAUACAGAAAAUACUGGAAAGCAACUUCUUCAAAAAGGUGGUCUGCGUAGACGAGUGACAAUCAUUCCACUGAACAAGAUUCAAAGCCAUCCUGUCCCACAAAGAGUUAAAACUGCUGCUGUUAAAUUGGUUGGAAAAGGCAAUGCUGAAGUGGCACUUUCUCUGGUUGGAUAUGACCAAGAACUGCAAAAUGCCAUGGAAUAUGUGUUUGGAUCAACGUUUGUUUGCAAAACAAUUGAUGCUGCGAGAGAGGUUGCCUUCAACAAGGAAACAGGAACGCCAAGUGUGACUCUGGAAGGUGAUAUUUUCCAACCCAGUGGACUUCUGACUGGUGGUAGUAGAAAAGGUGGAGGCGACCUGUUGAGAAAGCUUCAUGCUUUAGGAGAAGCUGAAUUGAAACUUUCUUUUCAUCAGAAGCGCCUGUCAGAAGUUGAUGCUAAGAUUAAUGAACUUCUUCCCCUUCAAAGAAAGUUCAAAGACCUUAAGAUGCAAUUGGAACUCAAAUCACAUGAUUUAUCACUCUCGGAGAACAGGGCUAAGCAAAAUGAGCAUCAUAAGCUUGGUGAGCUGGUAAAGAGAAUUGAGGAGGAGCUUGGAGAAGCGAAAUCAGCUAUCAAAGAAAAAAAACUUCUCUAUGAAGAAUGUGUGGCCAAAGUGUCAUCUCUUGAAAAAUCAAUCCAUGAUCAUGCUGGAAAUAGGGAAAGCAGACUGAAGGAUUUGGAGAAAAAGAUUAAGGCUAUUAAAAGUCAGAUGCAAGCAGCUUCUAAGAAUCUCAAGGGGCAUGAGAAUGAAAGAGAGAGGCUUAUAAUGGAACUGGAGGCGGUACAAAAGGAAAAAAUAUCAUUGGAGAGCCAACUAGCAGCUUUAAAGAAGCAGAUUAAUGAUCUUACUUUGGAAUUGGAUUCUAAGAAAGCCAAGGUUGCUUCAGUGAAGAAAGAUCAUGAUGAGGUCCAAUCUGAGCUCGGCAUGGCUCGUAAGAAGAUCAAGGAAUGUGAUUCACAAAUUACUAGUAUUGUCAAGGAGCAGCAGAGAAUCCAGCAGAAAAUUAGUGAGGCCAACCUAGAGAGAAAAAGAAUGGAGAAUGAGGUCAAGCGCAUGGAGAUGGAACAGAAAAAUUGUUCUUUGAAGGUUGAGAAGUUGAUAGAGAAGCAUGUUUGGAUUGCAUCUGAGAAGCAACUUUUUGGUCGAGUUGGCUCAGAUUAUGACUUUGAGUCUUGUGAUCCUCACAAGGCUAUGGAAGACUUUAAUAAACUGCAAGCUGAGCAAUCUGGCCUUGAGAAAAGAGUGAAUAAGAAGGUGAUGGCCAUGUUCGAGAAAGCUGAAGAUGAGUACAAUGACUUGAUAUCUAAGAAGAACAUUAUUGAGAAUGACAAGUCAAAAAUCAAGAUGGUUAUUGAAGAGCUUGAUGAGAAGAAGAAGGAGACACUUAAAGUCACUUGGGCUAAAGUUAACAAAGAUUUUGGAUCGAUAUUUUCUACUCUUUUGCCGGGCACAAUGGCCAAACUGGAACCUCCUGAAGGAGGCAGCUUCCUUGAUGGCUUAGAGGUUCGGGUUGCGUUUGGGAGUGUGUGGAAACAGUCCUUGUCUGAGCUUAGUGGAGGGCAACGAUCUCUACUUGCACUUUCUUUGAUUUUGGCUUUACUUCUUUUCAAACCAGCUCCAUUAUACAUACUGGAUGAGGUUGAUGCAGCUCUUGAUCUAAGUCACACACAGAACAUUGGAAGGAUGAUUAAAACUCACUUUCCUCAUUCCCAAUUUAUUGUGGUUUCACUAAAGGAAGGAAUGUUUAACAAUGCUAAUGUUCUUUUCCGGACAAAAUUCGUGGAUGGUGUCUCUACUGUGCAGAGAACAGUGACAAAUAAACAAAACAAGUGAUUGCAAUUAUCAGCUUGAUUAUUUACAGUUUUCUGCAUCACAUAAGCAAGCUGCUGUCUGCUGCAGAUUUUACUGACAAAUCUUAAUCUUUUUUGUAUGUGUGUGUAUGCCGGUUAACCACAUUGUUCACCAGACAAUGUAUCCUAGCUAAGAACAUUACUCAUUAGGCUCUUGACAAACAAACACCUAACCCAUUGUAUAUAAACUCCAUUUUGUGAUACUUCUGUGAUUGCUGAUCUUUUUUUGCUUUCAUGAUGCAUGAUACCAUCCAUUGAUUAAAGUGCCCGAAAUAAUAGGGGCUCCAAUCACAAACUGCUUCAAGAAAGUAUUCAAAUUGAUUUUGUAGUUGAGAAUGCAGUUCGUUUGAAUAGUCUUCCACUCACUGCCAGUAGCCCAGCAUUUAACCAUAUCGAAUCCAAACCAGCAGAUACUUCAUCAUAUCAAAGUAAAUGAUACCUAUGUUCUGUUGACCUGAUAUGAUUCAUACUAUUUACAUUAUUACGCUGGAAUUCAUAUACAAUUGACAAAGCUUU